AAAUUUGAUCGCCGCUUUCCUGACAACAUUUUUCUUGCACGAUAAUUUUCAUACUAAUUUUGUUGAUUGUAUACCGUUUUUGCUCCUAUUCAAGUGCUAGAAUGGUGUGAUUGAACAAUUAAUUGAUAACGGUAUAAUCAUGGACCAACACAUCAUUUUGGGCAGGAUUGGCGAGGGAGCUCAUGGCAUUGUUUUGAAAGCUAAACAUAUUGAGAGUGGGGAAGUGAUUGCUUUGAAGAAGGUCCCUCUACGUAAAUUAGAGGAUGGCAUUCCACACACAGCUUUAAGAGAAAUUAAAGCUCUCCAAGAAAUUGAGGACAAUCCAUAUGUUGUAAAGUUACGAGAGGUGUUUCCCCAUGGGACAAGCCUGGUCCUGGCUUUUGAGUACAUGCUCUCUGACCUUUCAGAGGUCAUUCGUAAUACAGAGAAGCCACUGACAGAGGGUCAGGUCAAGUCCUAUAUGUUGAUGCUGCUCAAAGGGGUGGCUUUUUGUCAUGAGAAUAACAUCAUGCACAGGGAUCUGAAACCUGCCAACCUUUUAAUUAGCUCUACUGGCCACUUAAAGAUUGCAGAUUUCGGACUGGCUCGAGUAUUUCAGAACAAAGGAGAAAGACAGUACAGUCACCAAGUGGCUACCAGAUGGUACAGAGCUCCUGAACUGUUGUAUGGAGCUAGAAAGUAUGAUGAAGGAGUGGACCUCUGGGCUGUUGGUUGUAUAUUUGGAGAGCUGUUGAACAAUUCACCAUUGUUUCCAGGAGAAAAUGACAUAGAACAGCUUUGUCAGGUGUUACGAGUUCUAGGAACCCCAAAUGAAAAGAUCUGGCCUGGCAUUUCUGAAUUGCCAGACUACAAUAAAAUCACCUUCCCAGAAAACAACCCCAUACCCCUGGAGGAGAUAGUCCCCGAUGCUUCAGCUGAGGCGUUAGACCUCCUCAAAAAGUUCCUGGUGUACCCCACCAAACAGAGAAUAUCGGCUAAGGAUGCCCUGCUUCAUCCCUACUUCUUCACUGAGCCCCUGCCAGCUCAUCAUUCGGAACUCCCUAUCCCCCAGCGCAGUAAGAGGGGGUUACCACGGCGACAACAAACACAUGACUAUAAUAUUGACACUCCAUUGGAAAAGUCUUUGAUUGAUCCAGAGUUACUGGCCCCUCAUGUUGUGAAGAUUAGAUGAUUCCUUGUAAUGGUGUAAUUAAAUGUGAUUUAAUAGCCAAGAGUGGUUGGAUGAUAAAAGUCUAAAGCAAAGUCACAGUACUGUAAUAACUGUGAUAUAGUGGAAACAAAUUUUUACUUACUGUAAACCAACUUUUAUUUGCGCUGACUUUAUUUUGUGAUUUACUAUGGGUAAACUAGUUCAAGAUGAUUAAUCUUUGCGAUAAAGCUUUUUUUUUGAUCUGUUGUUAUUAGACAUAGAGACCAGAUUAAUGACUGCUUCCCGGCGAGAAAUAUUUGCGAAAAUUUUUCGCACAUGAAUAAAAUUUGGUUUACAGUAAACUGUAUGUUUUUUUUUUUUUUUUUUAGUAAAUAAUGGCCAGUGUUUUCUGUUUCAUAUUUAUAAACAUAUAAUUGAUUCAGAAAGGAUCCUGGGGAAAAAUGUAAAUGCACUAUGGUCAAAAGCCAGAGUUGCACUUUACGUUCAGUAAAUAAUCUUGGUAUUAAUGAUAAAGCAAUUUUACAGAAGUCUGUGGAAGCAUUUCAUGUUGAAGGCAUAAAAAAUCACACAGCAAUAUGUACCAUUUUAAUCGAUUUGAGAACAACGUGUUCACAGAAAAAAGAGAAACACAUGUCUGUAAUUUUGUUCAUGUUGUAUUGAGUAAUUAUAUUGUAUCAUAUCAGUUUAAAGGUGUUUGGAGACACAGAUUUUAAAUUAAAUUUUUCUCAUAUUUUCUAUAUAAUAUGACUUUAUGUUGCUAUAGCAUUUCACAUGGAUAUUAUAUAACAAAUAACUUAUUUAAUCAGGAAAUUAUUGAAACAAUAAAUUUCAGGAUGCAUUUGAUUGAUACAUCCUUUCGCCUUUCAUAGCAAGCAUAAUUCAUAAAACUUAAAAAAAUAGCUAUAAAAAAUAUUAACUUCAAAUCUGUAACCAAGCACCUUUAAAAUUCACGCAAAGAGGUUGCUUAACCCUCUAGGCAUUGUCUUAUGUUUAAAUAGUAAAAAAGUGUUUAAAAUAAAUAGACGUGAAAUACAUAUAAUUUCUCUAGGAUGCAUUAAGAUUGAAAAGUUU